CUGUCAAAGCGGCGAGGUGCUGGGAAACUUUUAGUUUUUUAAUUUGAAAUUAUCAUCUAAGCAACGGGCGUCAUGUUUGCAGCCUAACCAUGUUGGACAAAUGAAAAUGUAUAGAUAGACAAUAGUUUUGUUAGUUAAGUAAAUUGGAUGUGGAAUAGUUCUAAUGGAUUUCGUUUUAUUUGAUUGAUUAAAUAGCUACAUUAAUGAUUCAAAAAAAAUAUGUAAAGCUUAAUAAAGUUACUGGGAGCGUGUUUUAAGUGAAAAUGGCUGCCGAAAGGUUACUAUGGAUGUCUUUGCUACUUAUUCGCCUCUGGCUCGGAGCAGGCGAUCUAUGCUACGCACAGCCCAGGUCAACCCUGGUGGCGUUCCAGGACCUGCUGCCCGAGGACCCACGCCUCUACGACAAGAUGCGGCCGCCCAAGAAAGACGACCAGCCCACCAUCGUCAACUUCCACGUCACUGUCAUGGGGCUGGACUCCAUCGAUGAAAACUCCAUGACGUACGCCGCCGACAUAUUUUUCGCUCAAACCUGGAAAGACUUUCGCCUCCGACUGCCAGAGAAUAUGACUACUGAAUACAGGCUUCUCGAAGUGGACUGGCUGAAACAGAUGUGGAGGCCGGACUCCUUCUUCAAGAACGCCAAGUCUGUGACGUUCCAGACCAUGACAAUCCCCAACCACUACGUGUGGCUGUACAAGGAUAAGACCAUCCUGUACAUGGUGAAACUGACCCUGAAGCUGAGCUGCGCCAUGAACUUCCUGAUCUACCCUCAUGACACCCAGGAGUGCAAGCUGCAGAUGGAGAGCUUGUCGCAUACGACGGACGACCUGAUCUUCCAGUGGGACCCUGAAGUACCGCUGGUGGUGGACGAGAACAUAGAGCUGCCUCAGCUGGAGCUCGUCCAGAACAGAACUGCAGACUGCACGCAGGUUUACUCUACUGGAAACUUCACCUGUCUCGAAGUGAUAUUCAAGCUGAAGCGUCGCCUGGGAUACCACUUGUUCAACACCUACAUACCCACCUGCCUUAUUGUUAUUAUGUCCUGGGUAUCUUUCUGGAUCAAACCUGAUGCGGCGCCAGCACGUGUGACCUUGGGCGUGACCUCACUGCUCACCCUGUCCACACAGCACGCGAAAUCCCAGGCGCAGCUUCCUCCGGUGUCCUAUCUCAAAGCUGUGGACGCCUUUAUGUCUGUCUGUACUGUUUUCGUGUUUAUGGCAUUGAUGGAGUACUGCUUGGUCAAUAUUAUCCUUGACGAUAGAGGUGGGAAGCCCAAGGAACCUGCCGAAGCUGCCAAGGCCCGGAUGCGCGCAGUCAGCAUUGACCGCUUCUCCCGCGUAUUCUUCCCACUGCUGUUCGCAGUCCUCAACGCAACCUACUGGAUCCAGUUCGCGCAGUACAUCUGAUUGUCUUAAACGACACAUUAUUGUGUCCCAACUACCUUCAACUCAGGAAAAGGAAUAUAUAAGAAAAAAACUAUUAACGAGCAUCAUAGGUUUAAGGUUUCUCAAACGUAUCUCGCAAUCAUUGAAGUCAUUUCGAAUAGGCAUCGAAAUUUAGUGUCAUAGUAAAAGCGGCCUAAACACGCUUUUUUUAAAGCUUCCAAAACUUUCGAAUAUAUCAAAUAUGUACUUAAGAUAAUCAUUUAAAUAGCACAUUAGAUUAAAAAUAAAUAACAAUCCCGAUACAACAUUACAAUGUUAAUUUAUCUCGUCCAUUCCACAAAUCGGGUCAAUUUAUCGUCGUUAUUCCCAUACAAAUCUAUAUAUUCCUUUCCCUGAGUAUUUCUAGUAUAUAUGUAUAGACUAUGCCCGUUUUCACUAAACCCAAAAAUAACCUUAAUAAGAAGCCUAAUAAUUUAGGUGAUUCCCAGAGAAAAUAAACGUUACACGAACUAUUAUGUGAUGUCUAACGAGGUUAGCUGCUGCGUAAAGUUACGACUACGAUUCGGAAGAUCGAAAAGUUUAGGGGACUCAUAAACUGACACUUGACAAAUGA